AUGAACGUGGCGGAUCGCGUUCCAGAAACCGAACCGCGCGACUCGCUACUUAACUCUUUCAGCCCUCAGGGCCCCGUGGAGGCUGACACGCGGCUUCAGCAGCCCCAGACGUCUACACAGGAGAUUACGAACAACAUCGAAAAUAGACUCACUAGUACGGAAUCCAGCACCGGCGGCUCCACCCUGACAUAUGUUCGAAACCAGUUGCGUUACAUGCUGACGAAUGCGCCGCUUUUGCGAUUUGUUGUCCCUGCUAACAGAUACAAUUCUCUGCGAACGACCGCCCCGAUGGUGGGCCGCGGCCAGGAUGGCGUUUUCAGCAACAUGUCUGCCAAGCCGAGCGUUCCAACAGGCUCAGAGCCUUCGUACCAGCUGCCCUCGUACGAGGAGGCGUCGCAGGACCCCACGCCGCCCUACUGGGAGGCGUCCAUCAUGGCCGGGUACGAGGACGAGAUAUUUGUGGACGGGCUGCCUGUGGGCAACACCAUCAAUUUUCUGUGGAACAUGACGGUGAGCAUUUCGUUCCAGUUUGUUGGGUUUGUGAUUACCUACUUAUUGCAUACGUCGCACGCUGCAAAGAACGGCUCACAGGCCGGCUUGGGAAUCACUCUGAUCAGUUUCGGCUACUCGUCGAUUCCUGUUUCCUACGGGAGCCAGUCGUCGCACGAGGGUGAGAAAUUCGAGCCGUCGUCUCCAAAUGCGAUCGACAUCGACUCCUCUAAUGCCGUCGACGGCCACAUAGACAAGUUCACUUCCACGCUGCCGCUGCUCGAGACGUCCGACCUGCCGGACACCACGUACCUCAAUUCGACGCCGAUUUUCUCCUACGCGCUGAUUUCGUUUGGCAUCUUCCUUAUAUUCAAGGCUAUAUUUAGCUAUCUGAGGGCCAAGAAGGCGGAAAGGCUCAUUCUCGAGCCCCAGCAGCCUGUCUGAUUGGCUAUUUGAGAAUCACGAGCAUUUUUUCAUAGAUGGUGAAUACGAUUCCUCCGCUCAAAAUCAGCCGGCCCAAACGAGGUGUGGCUCCUUUCCAAAACGUCAUCAGUCCUUCCUCUUUGAAAAUCUUCACAAAGCAGUCUAGCGUGCCCGUGUACAGCUUGUCUGAUCCAAGACCUUGCAUCCGUGUCUUGACCGUGUCGAUCGGCAUCGUGGUGUACACGGUCACGACACCAGCAAAAGCCCCAAGCAGGAACGUCAGCUGGCUGCUAAGAGGUUCGUUUGGCUUUGUCCCGCUGGCCUGCUGCAGGAGCGUCUUGAAGCUGUUGUACGCUCCCAGUCUCACAGCAGAGUUCGAUCCUUGUCUCAGGGCCACUGGCACCACUCCCUGGUAGAGACCUUUGAAACCAAGGUCUUUCAGAAGUCGCAAGGUUCCGAACCCAUGCUGGUACUUCGGAGUCGCGCUCCGUUUGUCGUCGAUCAUAGCUGUUUUGAUAGCCUCGGCAGGCGUCACCGCGACCACACUUUCUAAGAGUCCGGCCCCCAAGCCGGCAAGCACUCCCCGAGGACCGCUGAGCUUGCCGUCCUGGUCUGCGAGCUGUUUCUUGAUCGCGUCAAACCCGAGAAACCGCACCGAUGCCUUGGCUGUGUUUCCGAUCACAAAUGCCGGACACCCAACGUACAAUGCGCUGGGUCCCUGAGUUUUGGCAACGCUGUAGAUAAGCACGAGGGGAUUACGUGACAUCUUGGCGCUCUUGUCCACCAACUGGAGUCUGGUCUUUGCGAACUCAAAAGGGUAAGUGAUCACGCCCUCGACGGCUCCGGCGACUCCUCCCGCGAUAAAUGAUUUGAAUGGGUCUGGUUUUUCG